UGCAGUUUGAGUGGAAAAUUACCAGCACACGGGUCAUCAGGUCUCCGUGCAGUGUUCAGCGAGCAAGUUGAAUGGCUGGAGUACAGUGGCAUUUGUUACUGCCGAUGAAGUCCAUGCUGAAAGGCCUUUUUAGUUUACCAAGGAUUUAAACGCUUGGCUGAUUUGGUUUGUUAGGUAUUGAUCCACUGAACUAUAAAGGGUUAUUGCUCUAACGGUGGUACAUGUACAUGCAUGUGUGUAGUUUUUAUGACUUCAACCUGUCUACCUCGCAUUGUUUCCUCAAAGGAAAAGGGAAUUGUUCAGUAGUUGUCCGACGCGUAUCUUUUCAAUGAGAAAAUGGCGGAGCAGCAACCCUUACUCCGCGAUCACUCCAAGAGUUACCCACCCACGACCAAACCCCCAUCCAGAAACCUUGGCAGGGUCCUAGCUGGGUCCCAGGAAAACUUACAUGACGAUGUGGAAUUCAGAGGCACACAGCACCCACACUUUUCCCUGUCAACGGAAUCACGACUGGCCACUGAACAUGCCACCACUGAUUUGCAGACGUUUAUGCACAUACUAAAAGGGAAUAUAGGAACAGGUCUAUUGGGACUGCCGUAUGCAGUGAAGCAAGCAGGAAUCUUGGUUGGACCGCUAGGCCUUGCAGCAAUGGGAGUCAUUGCAUUGACUUGUAUGCACAUCAUGGUGGUAGUGUGUCAUGAUCUAUGUGAAAGAACUGGAAGCGUCACGCUAGAUUACGGUGAAGUUGCCGAGCAGUCUCUGAAACACGGCCCAGUUGCCUGGUUACGAAGAAAGUGCAUCAUUGGUCGUUACAUAGUGAACGGGUUUCUUAUAUUCACUCAGCUAGGAUUCUGCUGUGUUUACUUCCUCUUCAUGGCUGACAAUAUCAGACAGAUUUACUGUUUUUAUUACGGCUCUGGUGUUCCUGAUGUACAGCUCUUCAUCCUGAUGUUUUUCCCCAUGGUGCUCAUCUAUUGCUACAUCAGGAAUCUGGAUGACUUAGCUCCAUUCUCAAUACUCGCUAAUAUCCUGACUGUGGUGUCUAUACUCAUCAUCUAUGAGUAUCUGAUAUCCAACAUAAUUGACCAUGUGGACGCAACUACACUGCCUCUAUCUGGUUCUAUGAACGGAUUCUUCAUUUUCUUCGGUACUGCCAUCUAUUCUUAUGAGGGAAUCGGAGUGGUUUUACCGUUGGAGAACAAGAUGAAGAAUCCUCAGAAUUUCAACCGUGUCAUGCUGAGUGGAAUGGCCAUUGUUGUGUCUCUGUACGUCUCUAUGGGUAUACUUGGUUACCUAAGCAACGGAGAUAAUACUGCAGAAACCAUCACCUUAAAUCUACCAACCACAGGAUUGUACCUUGCAGUUCGAAUCAUGCUUGUGGCAGCCAUCUUUGUAUCGUACGGUAUUCAGUUCUACGUACCUAUUGUCAUCCUGUGGCCAUUCUUCAUGGAGAGAAUGCGGGAGCGAUAUCACUUCAUUGGUGAAAUGAUAUUCAGGACGCUACUAGUUGCUCUUACAAUGGUUCUAGCCAUGGUUGUACCUCAUCUAGCUCUCUUCAUCGCCUUCAUCGGUGCCUUCAGUUCAUCUGCUCUUGCCAUCAUCUUUCCACCGUUACUUCAAGAGUUUGCCUUCUAUGACAAGGGCUAUGCUGACGCUCGUAAGAGACUACGGGUCGUAUAUAAUGUCUUCAUUAUCAUCUUUGGUAUCGUUGGGUUUGCUUUUGGAACUUAUGUAGCACUGAAAGAAAUCAUUGCUAGCCUGGAGCAGCCAGAGCACGAUCAUUGCACGCCCAGUUGAAUAAAGAUGAAAUCUGGGUGUUCAGUCUAGAUUUGAGGGCUAGAUGUGUGUUUCUUCCUUCUUAUUUUGGUCAGUUAAAGGCACCCUUAACCAACACUGCCCUGCAAUCUCCCAGAACUCCCAACACCUGGUUUUGUUUUGCUUUGAUGAAUAAGGUUUGCAUGGCAUCAAUACUGCUCAAGGCACUUGAUGCCCAAGGUUUGCUGAAGUGCACAGAGUUUGCUGCUCGUUAGCUUCACAGUUGAUUUUGGAGAAAGAAACAGAGAAUGGUCAAUUAGCACAUUCCAUGUACUUCCACCAGAGACAUUGAGUCAUAUGUAAAGUGUCUCACCUCUGCAGUGUUGUAUCCAUUACAAUCUAGCAAAACCAGGAUUUGGCAGAUAUGAGAGAUUCAAGUUUCUGUGUUUGCUCAGAACAGUGUGUGAUGUGCAUACGCCUGGAACCAAUUUCUUUCCAGAUGUGUGAUUUACUUAAGUCAGUUUGAAGCAAAGAUUUAAUCACAUUUUUAAUCCAAGUCUUACGUGAGCAACCUCACCUCAGAGUGCUUCCUUUCUACUAUGCAGAAUGUAAGGCCAACAAAAAUAAUAGUUCUGCUUCCGGUUUCUCCAGCUACCCUAUUUUGACAGCCAUUACCCUAAUUUGUUUGGGGGAAAGGUGAGGGAAAAA